GAAAAUAAUCUGAACCUUCCUAUACGUAUUCUCCCAUUUCACUGUCGCAAACUAAGAAAGAAACAAUUAUCUUAACUAGAUUCUAAAUUGGAAACAAUAUUUGCUUUCACAUUUAUCAGUUUCAUACUAUUUUAAUUCGCAACUUCAAACUGCCAAGGAGACGAAACUUGCACUUCCAUGUUCAUGAGCUUUAAAAUGGAUAUCCAGUUUUUCUUGAUUAUUCUAUUGUUUCUUCUUAUAUCACCUCUCAUUUCUUUAUCUGCUUCUGAUUUUGCUUUAAGGUGGAACUCGCAUCUAUCUGUGGAAAAUCCAGAGGACAUUUUGAUUUCACCAAAUGGGGUUUUCUCUGCUGGAUUUUAUCCUGUUGGUUUCAAUGCUUAUUGUUUUGCUAUAUGGUUCAGCAAACCAUCUUGCCAAAACAACUGCACUGUCGUUUGGAUGGCAAACCGUGACUUCCCAGUUAAUGGCAAACGCUCAAAAUUCUUGCUGUUAGAAAAUGGUAAUCUUGUAUUAACAGAUGGUGGCAAGUCCACUGCUUGGUCGUCAGGGACUGUAUCUCUAUCCCCUACAGAGUUACGCCUCCAUGAUACUGGUAAUCUUGUGCUUCAAAAUGCAGAAGGUGUUGUGGUUUGGCAAAGUUUUGAUUCACCUACCGAUACUCUUCUUCCUUUCCAACCACUCACCAGACAUACUCAGCUAGUCUCAUCGCGAAGUCGCACCAACUUUUCUUCUGGUUUCUACAAACUAAUCUUCGAUGAAAAUAAUAUUCUUCGUCUCGUCUACGAUGGUCCAGAUGUUUCAAGUACCUACUGGCCAUAUCCAUGGCUUCAAGACUGGGACUAUGGAAGGUUUCCAUACAACAGCAGUAGAAUUGCCUCUUUUGACUCGCUAGGCAAGUUUACUUCUUCUGAUAAUUUGGGUUUUAUAUCAACGGAUUAUGGAGAGAGACUCCAGCGGAGAUUAACAAUUGAUUAUGAUGGGAACACUCGAUUGUAUAGCCGAAAGGAGGACAGCGCAAUUUGGAUUGUUUCAUGGCAAGCCAAAUCUCAAGUCUGUGAGAUUCAUGGAAUUUGCGGACAUAAUAGCACAUGCAGCUAUGAUCCGAUUUCUGGUAUCAAAUGCUCGUGUCUUCCGAAAUAUAAGAUAAGGAAUACUGCUGAUUGGGCUUUUGGUUGUGAACCGGAAUUCAAUCUUUCAUGUGACAAUGACACAGAGUCCAGUUUCAUUCGACUUAAACAUGUUGAAUUUUAUGGCAACGAUGCUUGGUUCUACAAAAAUGUCAGCUUAGAGUACUGCGAGAAAGCAUGUUUACAAUCAUGCAAUUGCAAAGGAUUCCAGUACAGGUACGUUGGGGAUAAUCCAAUCCCAUAUUGUUAUCCUAAAAUGUCAUUGCUUAACGGGCAACGUUCCCCAAGUUUUGGUGGAGACUUUUAUUUGAAAGUUUCCAAAAGCAAUCUAUUCUUAGGUAAACAUACAGUUGUUUCAGGAUUCGGGUUGGAUUGCUCCGGUGAGCUUGAAGUGCCUUUGAACAGAAAGUACCAAACAAGCGGUGAAAAUGGGACCUUGAAAUUCAUACGUGAUUUCACCUAUGGGUUAGGGGGAACCGAGAUUGUUGUCAUCUUUGUUGUCUGUUGUUUCUUGAUUAAGUCUAAGAAGGAUUCUGAUGAAGCUACACAAAGUUACCAUCCUGCAGAAACUGGAUUUAAAAGAUUCACUUAUUCUGAGCUCAAAAAGGCAACUGGAAACUUCAACGAGGAGAUUGGAAGAGGAGCAGGAGGAAUUGUAUACAAAGGGAUGUUGCCUGACAAUCGAGUUGCAGCAAUCAAACGACUUAAUUUAGCUAAACAAGGAGAGGCUGAAUUUUUAGCAGAAGUCAGCACUAUUGGGAAGCUUAAUCAUAUGAACUUGAUAGAGAUAUGGGGCUAUUGCGCGCAAGGGAAGCACAGGCUUUUGGUGUACGAGUACAUGGAGCAUGGAUCCUUGGCAGAAAAUUUAUCUUCAAAAGCACUUGAUUGGCGAAAGCGGUUUGAAAUUGCCAUAGGCACUGCAAGAGGACUCGCUUAUUUACAUGAAGAAUGCUUAGAGUGGAUUUUACAUUGUGAUGUAAAGCCUCAAAAUAUACUCCUGGACUCAAACUACCAUCCAAAGGUAUCUGAUUUUGGCUUAUCUAAGCUACUAAGCAGAGGCAAGCAAGAAAACUUCUCAAAUAUAAGAGGAACUCGAGGGUACAUGGCUCCUGAGUGGGUUUUCAAUUUGCCAAUCACAUCCAAAGUGGACGUCUACAGUUAUGGGAUUGUUUUAUUGGAGAUGAUCACCGGAAAAAGUCCAGCAACACUAGCUGAUCAUGGCACAGAAACAUGUGAGGAGAUUGAGCACAAAAGAUUAGUGACACUGGUGAGAGACAAGAAAGUUAAAGCUAAUGGAAUAUCCUCAUGGAUUGAAGACAUCGUGGAUCUUAAUUUGGAAGGAAAAUAUGAUCAAGAUAAGAUGGAAACUCUUGUAACAUUGGCCCUGCAAUGUGUGGAUGAAGACAGAGAUGCUAGACCUACUAUGAGCAAAGUCGUUGAAAUGCUUCUGCACCUUCAAAGUCAUUAGGCUAACACUAUUUGCUUUCAUUAUCAUUAUUGUCUCUGAGUUUGUAUCGUUCUUGGCACUUAAGGUUUUUCUUCUUUUUAAAUAAAAAAAAAAAAAGAUUUUAUAAUUUCAAUAAAAUCA